CUCCUGCUGCCUGUAAAUUAUUACUUGAUGUUGUCUCAAGGAACAAGUGCAAAGAAAACUUGGAAGAUCUUUGACACUCGAAGAGCCUACGGCAAUUUUCAUCCAGGAUCAGCAGCUGCAGAUCUGUUCUUUCAAUUACAGAGAACGAGGACAAACAUAGAUUGACAACUGUAUCCCCCAACACAUUCUCUGAAAUUGGGACUUUUCGGCGUUGCCCUGUAACUAUCUACAUAUAUCACUGGCCAUGCAGGAUACAGACCACUUUUAUGAAUCUACAAUGCCUCGAGGAUGGGCCAGUGAGAGAAGCCACUCAGCUCCAAGCAGCCCAGAUAGUAUGGAUUUCAGCCCUGACAGACCAUCCAGCAGGUCGUCGACUACACCAUCCUCCCAAUAUGGGGCAGAAGAUGGAGAGAAGGCGAAUGUGAACCUUAGACCUCAGCUACACUUAGAACUAGCAAAGAAACAGCUGAAGAAUAGCAACCCCCGAUCCCCCACCUCUUCCACAACUCCAACCUCUCCUUACACCCCAAAAUCGCCAUUCUCCCCCAGCUACAUCAACAAUUUCUCAUCAGUGACGUCCCCCACCUCUCCCCGCGAAUACAUCCAACCCUAUGGGUUCCACACUCGACAACUGGACCCUGCUGGUCAAUUAAACAACAACGAAAAUGUUGACGCUGUUGAUAAUGGUGGUGAAGAGGAUGACAUAUCUCUCUACGUCAAGGCCGGCAGCGAUGGAGAAAGUAUAGGAAAUUGCCCGUUUUCUCAGAGGCUGUUUAUGAUCCUUUGGUUGAAAGGAGUUGUCUUCAAUGUUACCACAGUUGACCUGAAAAGAAAACCAGCUGAUUUACAUAACCUAGCUCCUGGGACUCAUCCACCAUUCCUGACAUAUAAUGGGGAGGUAAAAACAGAUAUCAACAAGAUAGAAGAAUAUCUGGAGGAGUCAUUGGCACCACCAAGAUAUCCCAAGCUGGCUGCAAAGCAUCGGGAGUCCAACACGGCUGGAAUUGAUAUAUUUUCCAAGUUCUCUGCAUAUAUCAAAAACACCAAACAGCAGGACAACACAGCUCUGGAGAAAGGUUUGACCAAAGCCUUGAAGAAGUUGGAUGAUUACCUUAACACACCGCUAACGGAGGAGAUUGAUGUAAACAGUAGAGAAGAACAGAAGACGUCGAGAAGGAAAUUCCUAGAUGGAGAUGAAUUCACUCUUGCAGAUUGCAACCUUCUACCCAAACUCCAUGUGGUGAAGAUUGUCGCAAAGAAGUAUCGCAAUUAUGAAAUACCAACAGAUAUGACUGGAGUCUGGAGAUACCUAAAGAACGCCUACGCAAGGGACGAGUUUACCAAUACCUGUGCUGCCGAUAAAGAAACAGAACUGGCCUACGCUGAUGUGGCAAAGAGGCUCUCCAAGUCUUAACAUGGAAGCAUGGCUACCGCGGGGGUUUUCCCCACUUACAGACUGCUCUCUACGUUGCCUUAAGAUGCAUUCUAACCUAGCAUCACCUUAUCACGGGGCAAGGCAAUCUGCUGGUGAUGAAGCUCCAUAUCCCAUGAUCCUUCACCAGACUCAGGUCUGAGAGUGGUAAGGGAUCAUAGGAGUCAUGGUUAAUCAAACAACUGGUCAUCCACUGGUCAUGAAAUGCCAACCCCUCCCUAGCGUUUUGCUUUCAGAUAGACCUGCAGUGUGAUACUUUGCAAUACUUUGCUGCCAGACAACCGUUUUUGAUUGUAUUUAAGUAAAAAAUAAAAAAAUGUACACGAAAUGGGCUCAAUCAUACUGAAAUUGAAGGUAAUGAUACUAAAGAACCACGCACAGAUAUUUCAUCUGUAGAAUCUAAUAUUCUUAAGGCAAUACGUGCUAUCAUCUAUAAAGUAUUUUUAUAAGCUGAAUCCUUUACUUAUGAUUUAUAAAAAAAAUAUGUAUUAUUUUGCAGAUAAUUGUAUGAUAAAUAUAUUAUUUUUAGUUCAGUGAUGCUAUAUAGUACUAACACGAGUAGAUUCCUAUAGGAGAGUUCUGCCUUUAAAAAGAAAGUUGUUUAAAAACUUUGUGAACUGCUUACUUAAAAUAAAUGGACGUGUUUGUAUUUCCUGUGACAGAAUUGUAAGUAUUAAUCAUUUUAUGGCGUGUACUAUUCUAAUAAUCCGUAACACUAUUCUAAAGUGUUUUUCCAUAAUACCAUGUUGUUCAGGAUACACGAGAGAUUGUUGAUAAAGAAUAGCUUUGCGACUAAGUUCUAAAAGGGGCCAUUUUCCAGGGAAAUAAGCUCUUCAUGAUUGCUCGUCUUUUUCUACUUAUCACGCAAAUUGCACAUUGCACUUAACGUCCAGUGCAUGAGUGGCACUCAAGACAUGCCAAAUCAAUCCAACCAUAAUGACAAACUUCAAAGAAGAGUUAUUGUCGCUAAUACCCAGAGUUUCAAACCCAAGGUCUUCGCCUGGACUGUGACCACAUUUUGCCUGGUGGUUUAGCAUUGGGUCCAGGACAUUUGUGUCAUAAGUAGGACCGAUCUCUCUCCCUUUGCUCUAUAUGGCCGACAGAAAGAACUGGGCUAUGGUGUCACGUUCAGUUUGUAGAAGAUAGGAGAAUUUCCUAUUGUUAACCCCCCAAUGACUGCAUCUGAAAGCACCUACCUCAAACCAGGAAGGUAUAUAAUGAAGACUGCAUAGUGUCAUUAGCAGGUCUCCCACAUUAUUCUUAAACAUGCCCCACAUCUGUUAGGUAGGCCUCAACCAAGCAUCACUAGCACAGAUUCUACAAGUCCACCAGAAAAGCUUAAGUCAAAGAUAUUACUGGUGGCGAAGACAUGACUAGCAAUAAAGCAUGGGUAGUGGCAGAUGGACUGCAAUUCAGCUACACUCACUUCCCUUGCUAUCAUAUGACACUCUGACCUAAAGACCAUCAUGAUAAAUCCGUACCUUGAUAACAUUAUUUAGAGGCAUGCAAUAUCUCUGCAGGAUUCGUUGGCCUUAGGUACCACGUUUGUGAUCUCAAGGCUACAUGAUUGCAUUCAGUUAGUCAAUUCACUGUUCAUUAAUACAAUGCAUUGAUGCUUCUUGAGAAACAUUGCAAUGUAAAAAUAAAUAAUAAAUUAAUUAAUUUGAGAUAAAA